AAAACAUACCUCAAAAUUUCAAACUUGCUUUCCAAUACCUCAAACAAGUUGCAGAUCAGUAUUGGCCCACUGAUACUUCUGUGACUGAUCCUUUGUCACCGAAUCAAAAACUUGCUAAUUUUGCGGGACAAGCCGCAGGGAUUUUAGGGCAAAUGUAUUGGCGUGGAGAGGGAGACAAUGCUGCAUCUUAUAAUGGUCUUGGCUUGAUGCACUUGGAAGGUUUGAAACACAAUGACAAAGAUAUAGUUCCGGAGGUAAUUGAUCCUACACUUUCCGGUC